AGUACCUAUAACAAAUAAAUAAAUACUAAAGUGAUGUACUAUUAUGUUGUGUCAUUUUGCAGAUAAAAGUAGAUGGGAACUGUGUUCUUCACAUGCCGCUCUACAGAGAUGACGAUUCACAGAAAAUGCUGCUCUUGGUAAACCCCAAGAAAAGAAACUCAGUUGUGGCGGUGUCUUUGAACGGCAGAUGGUGGGGUGUAGAUGACAUCUUGCAGUCAUGUGUUCCCAUCCAGGAGGGUCUUCGACAGGUCCAGACGUGUGGAGAAAGGAUUGUCCUCUUUGUGCUGAACUGCCUGGUGUGUGGCUUCAUGGAGGGUGGUGGCUCAGAGAAUGGAGUCUGCUUCCUUCCACACCCUGCAGGGGAGUUGGCCAAGAUCCUUUGGCACUGUGGGAGGCUGUGGCAUUUUACACAUACAAAAACAAAGGGAAGUCUGUGUGAUCGAAUUAGUCAGUGUUACAUGCUACCUGUGCUGGACACAAUCUAUGUACAGAAAAAAUGGCGGAAACAUGGUUUUGGAGUGACUAUGUUACAAGACUUCUGCCAGAUGUUUGCCCAGGAAGUUGCUUUGGGUAUCAGCUUUCCCAUUUCUUCUGACAUGUAUCAUGGUAAGAAAACCUGA